AUGGAAACGAAGCCACAGAAACGAAGACGUAUAGUAAAGACGUGUUGGGAAUGUUAUAGGAGAAAGCAAAAGUGCAAUCGUGGUCAACCAUGUGAUGUUUGCAUUUCUCGAAAUGUUCCGGAUAAGUGCUCUUACUCCAACCCAUCAUCACUCGAAGAUCUAAAAGAUCUCUCAACGACUGGAGGACAAUCAAACAAACGUACAAGAGACGAGGAAAUCAUAUUGAAGUCAGGCUCAACACCAUCCGACCUUUUUGAUCAAGUAGGAUAUGCUUCUCAUAACAGCUCGUUUACUGGGUUACAGAAGUCAUUUCAUGUUAAUGAUGACCUUUCCACAUUCAUGGGAACACCUACAUCAAAUUCAUUAUCCCAUCCUGGUUUACGACAUAAAUUCUUGAGUUUAGUGAUACAAUUGCCAUCUCAGUCUAUUGUCUCUGAGCUUGUCGACUUAUUCUUCUCAGAAUUACAUUGGUAUCUCAAAAUACUAGAAGAGCAUUACUUUCGGAAUCUUCUCAAAUCAUGGCAAGAUAUCCGUAAUACUUUAAGUGGGCAAUCGGAUCUUGGAAGUAUCUCCAAAGAUCUUCUAUAUUUUCCCGCAUUGUUAUUCCAAACUCUUGCUGUUUCUUUACAAUUCUUACCUCCAAACACAGAAGCAUCAAAAACACUCAAUUUAAAAACAUUGUUAGAUUGUGAUAGAAUUUCUCACGAGUAUAGUAAAAUUGGUAUGGAGAUAAUGUCUCUUCUGGGAAGACACUCUUCUACCAUAACAGGCGUCGAACAUGAUUUGUUAAAAUCUGGUUGGCUGAAGAAUUACAGUCGAGGCACAGAAGCGUGGCAUUUAUUGGGUAGUGCAAUUAGACAGGCCCAAGAUUUAGGACUUCAUCUACAAGCUUCAAUCCCAAAAGUUGCGGGAGAGGAUGUUGGGAUUGGGCUGGAGAAACUUUGGUAUGACGAAUACAAAAGGAGGCUUUGGGUAACGCUCUUUACUUGGGACAGUCAUAUGUCUGUAAUGCUUGGGAGACCUCGCUCAAUCAAUGCAAGUGAUUGUACAAUCAAAACACCACUUGAUUGUUCAUUUCCUGAUGAUCCGUCGAAAACCAUACCUACUCCAGCAAAUUUGCAGGAUCCUCACUCCCCACCAUCCACUUACUCGGCUCAACUGUUUCAAUAUUCUUUAGCUCAUAUGAUUCAUGAACUAUUAGCAUCUGGUGCUCAUAGACCUCAUAUAAAAGACUAUUCAUUAAUCACAAAUCUUCAUAACAAGAUCGUUUCCAUGGUUGGCGCUUUACCGCCUGUUUUACGACCAGAAAACCCAGAUAAAUCAUGGGACAUGAAAGAACCAAGACUUCCUCGCCAGAGAUUAGCAAUAGCGAAUUACGCGCAUUCAUUUCUUAUGGCACUUCAUAGGCCUCAUGCACCAAUCCACCCUACAAGUCGAACUGCAUCCAUGAAAGCUGCAUUAGAUUGUCUUGACGCUCAGGAUCAACUUUUUAAAGCAGUAGAACCACAUCAAUAUCGGAUCUAUACCUUGGCAUUUAACACUAUUGAUUGUGGAAUAGUUUUGUCUGGGAUAGUAUUAGAAUCACCGAGUUUGGAAAGUGGUCUAAAGGAAAGAAUGAAGAUUGCAAUCGAGAAAUCGAUAGGCAGGUUGAAGAUGAUGGAGGACAGGAGCCCCAUGGCAAAAUCAGGUCUACAAAUUCUCACCAUUUGUCAGGAGAGGAUCUUGGACCGUAAUAAAAAUGACGAUGAGACAGCCAACAAUUCACAGUUAUCAAGCCGGGAAGAACGUGGUCGAAAUGUCACCAAGGGGGACAACGCGGCUACUCAGGAAGUUACGGUUCCAGCACAGGAUGCAAAUGGCUUUGAAAUUUCUCAACCACAACCACUGGUUUCCGAUGGCUCUUCUGCUGACCCCAUUGCGGGUUUCAACAAUUUUGAAAUGAAUACUUCGUUUUGGGAAGAGAUGACCCAGAUGAUUGACUUUGACAUUGGCGUCAGUAUGGAAGAGGAUUUAUGGAACCCGAACUACUCGUUUCCGGAGUUAAAUAUGAAUUCUAACAGCGGAAUCGAGCCGGGAGUGUGGUAUGAGGGGGGUGGGUGA